UUCCCGCUCAGUAUCACGCCAAACGCGACCGGCGCAAGCGCAGUCGUCACACGUACGAUAGCACUUCUACAUACGACGCACUGCAUCCCGUGCUUACUAUUUUUUUUAAUCUAUUUAUAGAUAUAAAAAUUAAUUUGCGGUGCGAGAAUCACAGGAGAGUUCCCCGUUAUGGGGCAAAACUUAAUUCUACAGUUUGCUGUGAGCGUACUGCUGAUCAGCGGGACUGUGUCUUCUCCCCGUCAGGAGAAAGAGUCUUUCUUCCGUGGUGCAGUGGAAACGAUUCCAAAACAUGACCCCUUACCGCAACCAAUACGAGCAUCGGUCGAGAGUGUUCCGCUUAGAAAUCGACGAGACGAAGGUUACAUGCGCCUGCCAUUAAGAGAUGCUGUUGAGAAACGACCAAUUCCCGUCAUUGAUCCUCAAUUCUUAGCAAAAGCUAUCGAGAGUAGUGAUGAAUUAAUGGAUGGUUUAUCAAGUCUAGAAGAAAUUAACAAAUAUUACGGGGCCGCAAACUACCUAAAUAAUGGUUCGCGCACUGAUGAAAGACUUCAGCUGGGCAACGCCAAUCUUCAAGAAAUGCAACAAACUGACGGUGGUCCGAUGGCACGCCGCAUAGUGGUGUGUUACUUCGAGUCGUGGGCGGCGUACCGCGCGCCCCCGUUGGCGUAUACCGCGGGGCUCAUGCCGCGCUCUUGUACUCACCUGCACUACGCCUUCGCAGUGCUGCACCCUCACACAUAUGCCGUUAUACCAGCCAAUGAAGAUUAUGAUAUUAUCAAAGGUGGCUACCGCAUUGCAACUGGCCUGAAACGUCGAUUCCCAAGCCUUCGUGUCCUUAUCAGUAUCGGUGGCGAAGGCACUAGUCGUCUCUUCAGUGAAAUGGUACAGGAGCCUUACAGAAGAAACGCAUUUGUUGAUAGCGCACUCGCGUUCUUGUUAGACAACGAUUUUGAUGGAAUCGAUCUACACUGGAUUUACUCUGGAGAUAGAGAUGAAAAGGAGAAAGAGCUAUUAACAAGUCUACUUUACGAGCUUCGUGAGAAAUUAUCGCCAUAUGGAUAUCUCCUCUCUACUGUCUUACCGCCUUUCAGAUAUCAAAUAGAAGACGGCUACGACCUGGGCGCGGUUAGUGGUGCUACUGAUUACACGAUCCUGCAGGCGUGGGACAUGACUCAUGGGAGACGAGAUGAGCCACCCACGAGGGCUGUGCAGCAUAGCGCGCUGCAUAGAGAUCCGGGAGCAUCCUCCAGAGAUCAGAGAUACGAUAAUAUUGAGUUCAUGGUAAAAUACAUUUUGCGUCAUGGAAUGGCGGCUGACAAAUUGGUGUUGGGCAUACCCCUGUUCGGCCGCAGCUAUACUCUUUCUGAAACAUCAAUGUCGUCGCCUGGUGCGGCUGUCAAUGGAUGGGGAGAUGAGGGAACCUACACUCAAACUAAAGGAAUGCUAGCGUACUUUGAGAUUUGUAUGGCAGAACGCGAAGGUAAAGGAGAAAGUCUUCUAGACGAAGCUGGUAAUUCGUACGCAGUGUUUGGUAAUCAAUGGAUCACAUACGACACACCUGACACAAUACUUGAAAAGAUGAAAUUCGUGAUAAGUAUAGGCUUGGCGGGAGCCGCCGCGUGGGCGAUCGACAUGGAUGACUUCCGUGGACUCUGCGGAUCCCCUUACCCCAUCUUGAGCGCUAUAUCGACAACACUGAACGGGGAAUUGACACAUACCGAUCAAUCGUCUUUGAAGAUUGGCGCGUGUCAGGCGGAGGUACCGUACUUAGCUUCUGACGAGGAGUCUUGCGCACACUUCCACUUCUGUACCGGCGGUAUUAGCUACAGGAUGGUCUGUGAAGAUGAGAGACUCUAUGAUCCUUCUACUGGUUUCUGUGGUCACCAAGAUGUCGCAAAAUGUGUUCCCGGACAAAGUUUACGAAUAACAGUCGAGGAUGCAGCAAGAUUCUUGUCACAAGCUUACGAGACCGACUUUGCGUUCAGCAAAGGUGUAUCAACGAUUAAAGAAGCUGCACAACUUAUAGUAACACCACAAUCUGAAAUUAAAAAGAGUAGAGACAGCGAUAAACGUGUGGUUUGUUAUAUGACGAAUUGGGCAUUCUAUAGACGUGGCGAAGGAAAAUUCGUACCCGAGCAAAUUGACACACGACUCUGCACGCAUGUUGUUUACGCAUACUCUUCUUUACUGACUGACGAUCUUGUUAUCAAAGAGUUUGACCCAUGGGCUGAUAUAACUAACAAUUUAUAUGAACGUGUGACUUCCCUUGGAGAUGUUAAAGUACUAUUAGGUUUGGGUGGCUGGACAGACUCCGCUGGGGAUAAAUACUCUCGUCUUGUGUCAUCGAGCGCCGCUCGCACCAAAUUUGUCGUCAAAGCGGUCAGCUUCCUGCGAAUGCACAACUUCAAAGGUCUCCACUUGGACUGGAAUUAUCCAGUUUGCUGGCAGAGUAACUGCAAAAAGGGCGCAAGAUCUGAUAAACAAAAUUUCGCUAAAUUGGUUCAGGAAUUGUCUAAAGCGCUCCAUGCAGCGGACAUGGAACUAGGUGUCGCCAUCUCUGGUUACAAGGAGGUCAUUGAAGCCGCUUACGAUCUACCCAUCAUAUCGAAAGCAGCAGACUUCUUGAGCACCAUGACAUACGAUUACCACGGAGGCUGGGAACGGACUACAGCUCAUCAUACACCCCUCAUACCCGCUCAGAGAGAUGCCCUGGCUUAUUACUCUAUUGAAUAUGCUAUAAAAGCGAUCAUAGAGGGUGGAGCGGAUCCGAAAAAGGUGCUGCUUGGCUUGGCGUUCUACGGUCAGUCGUACAGACUGGCGGAUGUCGAAGGACCAAAUGGACCUGGGGCUCCCGCCGCGGGCCCUGGUGAAUCCGGAGAGUUUACAAAACAACCUGGAAUGCUGUCCUACUAUGAAAUAUGUUACAGAGUUAAAAACUUACGUUGGAAGACCGGCAGACAAGAUAAAGCUGGUCCCUUUGCAUACUCAGACAACCAAUGGGUUGGAUACGACGAUCCAAAAUCUAUCCGUGAAAAGGUUGAGUGGGCAAUGCGUCAGGGGUUGGGGGGUGUGACGGCUUGGGCGAUUGACCUGGACGACUUCAGCAACCGCUGCUGCUCAGAACCCUCGCCGCUGCUGCGCGCUGCGGGCCGCGCUCUCGGCCGCGACGUGCCCCUGCCUCCCAAGUCAUCCUGCGAGCGCCCACCGGAACCCGUUACCCCUGCACCACCUACCACUACGCCUGCCGAAUCUGAUGGAUCUGUCGUCAGUACUACUGAACAUCAUCACGGUGGCCACGAGCACGAUCAUACGACGAAGGCGCCAACAACGUGGCCGAGCUGGACUCAACAGACCACCACUGCCAUGACGUGGUGGCCUCAGGCGACCACUACGCCUGCUAAACCCGCGACCACAACUACUAUGAGAACAACAACAACCAGACGGACUACCACCACACGGAAACCAACAACGACUGCAGCAGCUCCUGAAAUGGAUACGGGUGUGGAAGGAUCAGACUGCGAGGCCGGAGAAUACCGCGCUGCACCGGGCGACUGUGAGGCGUACCUGCAGUGCGAGGGCGGCCAAUGGCGCAAGCAUCGCUGUGCGCCCGGCCUGCACUGGUCCGCUAAAGCCGGACGAUGUGACUGGCCUAGCUUCGCUAAAUGCAAAGAAAAACCUCCUAGUCAAGCGAGUACGGCAACAACAACAUUAGCUCCGAUGACAUCACGACCACCACCAACAACAACGACGAGACGCACCACCACUACACGGAGGACCACUACUACUACCACAACGACCACGACAACAACGCCCAGGCCGAGACCAACAACAACAACGACGACAACUACAUCUGCACCUACUAGUGAUGAUGGCCCGGCAGAGGGUCUACCGUGUGCCGGACAAGACUACGUGUCAGUGCCUGAGGAUUGCAACUCGUACCUGCAUUGCGACGGCACCACUUGGCGGCUGCAGCGCUGCGCCCCCGGCCUGCACUGGAGCGCCAAGCAGAAGCACUGCGACUGGCCUAAGUACGCCAAGUGCCAAGGUUCCACCCAAAAGACAACCACGCUGCCGCCGAAAACAACUCGAUCUCCCAAGCCAACAAGACCACCAACGACCACAACAACAUCCAGUAGUUCAGAACUGCAAGAAGAUGGUCUUUGUGGUGAAAAUCAAAUGUACGCGCCGGCAUCCACAUGCGACGCAUACUUGCUCUGUGUGGGCGGGCGCUGGCGCAAACAGCUUUGCCCUAGCGGCCUGCACUGGGACAAACGCAGCAACAGAUGCGACUGGGUCGACUUCGCUAUGUGUGAAGCGUCGAAACCAACAUCAGCAGCUACAACGACAAGAAAGCCAGUGUACCAGAUCACAUCAACAACCCCAAAAACAACAACUAGACGGCCAACAACUACAACGAAGAAGCCAUUCAUAUUAUCGGAGGAAUAUCAGAAACCAACGCGUUGUGUGACUGGUACAUACCACACGCAUCCUCGCUGCGAAAAGUUCUACGUGUGUGUGAACGGCGUGCUGGUGACCCAGAGCUGCGCCCCCGGCCUCGUCUGGAGCCAGGAGCGGUCGCAGUGCGACUUCCCCUCCGCCAACUCCUGCUCCGACCGGCGCAAAGUCACAUCCGCUGCUAUGGUCGAUGCACCCAAGCUUACGACUUCAAACGGCCUACCUGAUACAGAUGUUAUUGACGAUAAGCCAAAAUACUGCGAGAGUGGUCAAUACGACAGAGAUCCUAAUGAUUGUACCAAAUAUCGUCACUGUCUGUUUGGCCAAUUUGAAGAAUUCGCUUGCAGUGCCGGCUUGCACUGGAAUCAGGAUAAGUUAAUAUGUGACUGGCCACGAAGUGCGAAAUGUAAGAAACGUAAAGUCCCUAACACUAUGACGACCACAACCACAACCACAGAAUCACAUCUCAUGGACCCAAUUGAAGUGGACACCGAAGUCAAACCCGAAAUACCAAUAAAACCAAUCGAAUCUUCCCCGACAACAGUAGCACUUGUAGAUCCAUCUUCUAGACCAGCAUUACUUAAUACACGCUAUAAACUUAUUUGUUACUACACGAAUUGGUCGUGGUACCGUCCUGGACUUGGAAAAUACGGUCCUGAAGAUAUUGAUCCAAGUCUUUGUACACACAUCGUUUUCGGAUUCGCCGUUUUGGGACCUGACGGUCUUAUAACUCCUCACGAUCCUUGGGCAGAUCAAGAAAAUCGCUUAUAUGAAAAAGUUGUUGAAUACAAGAAAUAUGGAAUAAAGGUGUCCUUAGCUAUUGGUGGAUGGAAUGAUUCCGUUGGAGACAAGUAUUCCAAAUUAGUCAACGACCCUGAAGCGCGCGCAAGAUUCGUGAGCCAUGUCGUAGAAUUCUUAGAGAGAUAUGGUUUCGAAGGACUGGAUUUAGACUGGGAAUACCCUAAAUGUUGGCAGGUAGAUUGUUCGAUGGGACCAGAUGCAGAUAAGGAGGGUUUCGCUGACUUGGUCCGUGAACUCUCUGCAGUUUUCAAACCUAAAGGACUGUUACUGUCCGCUGCAGUCUCGCCCAGUAAGAGAGUGAUAGAUGAGGCGUACGACGUGCCGAUCCUAGCGAGACAUCUCGAUUGGAUCGCCGUGAUGACGUAUGAUUACCACGGCCAGUGGGAAAAGAAGACUGGCCAUGUUGCGCCCUUGUUUUAUCAUCCCGAUGACGACAACACAUACUUCAAUGCGAACUACACCAUGCACUAUUGGAUGGAAAAGGGAGCACCAUCCUCUAAGCUGGUGAUGGGCAUUCCUACAUACGGACAGUCGUUCACGACAUUAUCAUCAUAUGAUAUUAAUUCCUUGAAUAUACCUGCAAUGUAUGGCGGAGAUGCCGGAGAAUAUACCAGGGCUAAAGGAUUCUUAGCGUAUUACGAGAUUUGUGAGCGCAUCAUCGAUAGAAGAUGGAAGGUUGUCAAGGACCCUCUCCAACGGAUGGGGCCAUUUGCAUACAAAGGCAACCAAUGGGUGUCUUACGAUGACGUCGAAAUUAUAAAGAGAAAAGCUAACUUUAUAAAAUCACUUAACUUGGGAGGCGGUAUGGUUUGGGCGCUCGAUCUUGAUGACUUUAAAAACAGAUGCCGACAAGGCCGACACCCACUUAUUAAUGCUAUAAAAGACGGUCUUUUGGAUGCCAGUGUAGAUUAUGGACAUGUACAACCUAUUACUGAAACAUCUAAUCAAAUAGACGAAGAUUUAGAGGACAUUGAAGUGAGACCGUCGUACACGAGGCCCAAACCUACUACAACUACGAAGAAACCAAUAAGACAAACUACACCAUACACAACUUCUACGACACCCGCUACCACUCCCACUACAACCAAAGCUACCACUACAACUAAACUGACCACUACCACCACGAUGAAACCAACACCACCUGUCAUCAUGGAUGAAGAAGAGCAAUACAAAGUUGUGUGCUACUUUACAAACUGGGCUUGGUACAGAACGGGAACAGGAAAGUUUACGCCAGGUGAUAUUGAUCCAUCUCUUUGUACACAUAUUAUAUACGCGUUUGCGGUCCUUGACAGCGAUAAAUUGGAGAUCAGACCUCACGACAAUUGGCUGGACGUUGAAAACAAAUUCUUCGAAAAAGUAGUUGGAUUGAAACACGAUGGUGUUAAAGUUUUGCUCGGUCUUGGAGGUUGGAAAGAUUCAGCUGGAAAUAAAUAUUCACGUCUCGUUAACAGCCCUACAGCUCGACGAAAGUUCGUACUUCAUACUCUCGAUUUCUUAGACGAAUAUAACUUUGAUGGCUUAGAUAUAGACUGGAAUUAUCCAAAAUGUUGGCAAGUCAAUUGUGACAAAGGACCAAGCUCUGACAAAGAAGGAUUUGCCCGUCUCAUCACGGAACUACGUUCAGCAUUCGUUCCUCGUGGCUUGCUGCUCUCUGCGGCGGUAUCGGGCGGCAAGAAUGUCAUUGACGCUGCAUACGACAUCCCUGUUUUGGCUAAGCAGUUGGACUGGAUAUCUCUUAUGACCUAUGAUUAUCAUGGCCAGUGGGAUAAAAAGACGGGUCACUUGGCUCCUAUGUAUUCAGGAAAUGACGAAAACUGCGAAGAUGUGAAUAGUGUGAACUUUACAGUUAGUUACUGGAUCAAGGGUGGCGCUCCAAGAGAAAAACUGGUGAUGGGUUUACCGUUCUAUGGUCAAUCCUUCUCAUUAUUGGAAAAUGAAAACAACAGGUUGGGGGCACCGACCUAUGCCGGAGGAGAUCCUGGUGAAGAGACAAGAGCUAGAGGUUUCUUAGCUUUCUACGAGAUUUGCGAACGUAUUAGAUCGCGCGGUUGGAACGUGAUCAGAGACCCCACUGGUAGAAUGGGUCCAUAUGCUACUUUUAACGAUCAAUGGGUAUCAUUUGACGAUGAUUACAUGAUACGCCAUAAAGCAGAGUACAUUCGUGCUAUGAGUCUGGGAGGUUCCAUGGUUUGGACUCUCGAUCUUGAUGAUUUCACUGGAUAUUAUUGCGGUUGUGGAAAAUCACCUCUUCUGGCUACAGUCAACCAUGUUCUUCGCGGCAAAGACCCACCUCCGGAUUGUCAAUUAGAAGAAAUUAUUUCAGUUGAGGCCCCAACAACAACAACAACAACAACCACGACGACCACAACACAAAUGACUGAACUCGCACCAGUACCUGAUACAGAAACUGAAGUAGAAUCUGUAGACAAUGAACAAGGAUAUGAAGGUAAAGCGUGUACGGGAAUAACGUUUAAGGCGGACGAACACGAUUGCAGCAAAUACUAUCUAUGCUUAAACGGUGUGUACGUAGACCUCACCUGCCCUGCACCUCUUGUAUGGAAUAAGAACCACUGUGACUGGCCAGCAAAAGCGAGAUGCAAGGGGAAAGCGUCACUCAAGAUAACAGAAGAUCAAGAAGAGAAACCAAUAAUUGCCUGCUACUUUACUAAUUGGGCAUAUUACCGGCCAGGUAAAGGUAAAUUUGGUCCAGAACAAGUGGAUGCAUCUUUGUGUACUCAUAUAAUAUACUCGUGGGCACAUCUCAGCAACACCUCGCAGAUCGUACCAGGCGUACCCGAACUCGAUGUAGACAAUGAUUUCCUCGGUAAAAUAUCAGAAUUAAGAUUGGAUGGAGUUAAAGUUAUUCUCGGCGUUGGCGGCUUACAUAACUCUAGAGUAUCGAAUUGGAGCGAAAUGGUGUCUACCAAGGAGAAAAGGACAUCUUUCAUAGAAUCAGCGCACAAGCUUAUUAAGAAAUGGAACUUUGACGGAUUGCAACUCGCCUGGCAGUAUCCAGUGUGUGGUCAGGAAAUUUGUACUGAGACAGAUGAAGAGAAUGAUGAAAAGAGCAACUUCAACGCUUUACUGACUGAAUUAUCUAAGUCAUUACGUCAAUACAACUUAGAAUUUUCCGCUGUGGUGUCUCCGAACCCUAAAGUAGCGGCAGUGGCGUACGAUCCUGAAGUUCUGACGGCAACUCUCGACUGGAUGGCCAUCGCCGCCAACGACUACUACUGGUCGACGAAUUCACGGACAGAGUAUCUCCUGCCUAUGCAAUCUUCUGCACCAUCAGAAGUUUGUGACUACAAAACAAUGUUGUCGUACUGGUCAAGCGUGGUGCCGUCUCGGCAGCUGGUGAUGAGCGUGCCGGCGUAUGGGCGCUCGUAUACGUUGCGCAGCGAGCUGUUUGUGCACCCGGGCGCCCCAACUGCGGGUCCGGGUGACGCCGGAAACUACACGCAAGUGCCCGGCUUCAUGGCGUACUACGAGAUAUGUAACGGACUAAAAACACAAUAUUGGGAAGAGAUGCCAACAGAGGAGGGAAUGAGUAUAGUACACGGCUCCCAAUGGGUGACAUUCCUUCGACCGCAGGAAGUAUUCAAGAUCAUUUCAACUUCAUCCAAAAUGGGUAUCCGCGGCGCCGCCCUUUGGGCCCUCGAUUUGGACGACUGGCGCAGCGAGUGCUCCUGCGAGCCCUGGCCCCUCCUCACCGCUUUGAGACAAGGUGUCUUCGAGCCCAACAUUUCACCAACUCUAUGUUAAGUUAUAAAAUAAGCUUGACUUAAGUUUAAUGCAUCAUACACCUACAUAGCUCGUCAGAUAACAUGUGACUGACUAGUCCUUUUAGUUGGCGCUUGUAGAGCCAUUACAGCAGAAAAAUGACUAGAAUUUUACUUCUCUAUUCUGUGACAAAUAAAUCAAGACUUAAAAAAUUGCUAAUUGUGGUACAUUUUUAGCAGUCAACUUUAUUUGCCGAAUUGCUGCAAAAUGAAUUUAAACUGUCUUGAAAAUUACUAUUUUCGUAAAAAUGUUAAAUUAUUUUAAAAAAUGUCAACGUCCCUUUUUAAAAUCGGAUUAAGUCUUUCGAUACUCAAUUUUAACUUUAAGUAUUUCAUAAGAACGCACUGUAAAUUUCUAGUUUAAGAUGUGAGGUGCUGACACGUUUUGUGAUAUUUUGUACAUUGAAUUCUUAUUAAUAAUAUAGUUUCCAGAUAUAUAUGGCAUAAAAGCUUACAUUUUAAUUAUUACACUGUAUAAUAUUAUCUCGAGAUAUUCAUCAAAUGUAUUUUUUUUAAUAUAAUUUUUUUUUAAUUUGGUACUCAACGAACCGUUGUUAAAUGUUUGCAAUUAUAAGAUUAUAUCUUUGUAGUAACAUUUCUAUAGCAUUGUAUAUUUUAUGUAUAAUAAAAUAGAAGAUAUUUUUAUAAUACAAUAGUCGUAUCUAAGAUAACAGAUACGUAAAUAAUUUACUUGUAAAAAAAGUAACAAGGUACCUCCAAUGCCAUAAAUAGAAGUUAAAAGGAACAAAAAAUGUCAUGAAAG